AUGGCUUCUGGACAAGAAAGAGAAGAAUUCGAUGCCAAGGCAAGGCAAGGAGAGACUGUUGUUCCCGGUGGAACUGGUGGCAUGAGCCUUGAAGCUCAGGAACACCUCGCUGAAGGGCGUCACCGCGGAGGGGAGACUAGGAGGGAGCAGCUAAGGACAGAAGGAUACAAAGAGCUGGGCCACAAAGGAGGUGAAACUAGGAGGGAGCAAAUGGGACAUGAAGGGUACCAGGAGAUGGGCCGCAAAGGAGGCCUGAGAACUAUGGAAAAGUCUGGUGGAGAGCGUGCUGCUGAAGAAGGGAUUGAAAUUGACGAGUCUAAGUUCAAAACGCAUAACUAG